UUGCCGUUCAUUCGGAGUCGAACUCUUGAGCAGAUAAGAACAAAACGCCGGAAAUAGAAAUAGUGAAGACUAAGAAAAUUAGAAAAUCACCAGCAAAACAAAACGAACUGGUUAAAAGUGACUUAUAUACUAUCAAUCUUUAUUGUGAAUAUACAUAUGUACAAGACAAUAUAUACGACUACAAGAGCAACAAAAGACAUUGUGAAGUAAAGAUAUAAAGUGUAGAAGUGCGACUGAUUGUGUAUAUACAUAUGUUUAUGGCCAGAGAAUAAACGAAGUGCAUUGCAAUUCGUCACUGGAAAAGUGAAGCGAAACGAAGUCAUUGGAAGGUUCUAGAAGAAACCUUACAAACGCAAAUAUAAUUAUUAUUAACUUCGCUUUAGUGGAGUGCCUUUGCAGUUUGCGGUUUAGUCAAUAAUUUUCUCUAACUUAUUCAUUGAAAUCGCGAUUUGCACAAAUUAAAUUCACAUUCGAAAUGGCUUUUAUGAUGCCUGUCAUGAAGAAUAACUACGAUAUCUAUAAGGAUAGUCGUUCACGAAAAACAUCGGAGUGCUCCACAACCAGCUCGAAUGGUGGCGCACCCACACUGUCUUCCGCCAUGGGUGUGCCGGCCAAUGGACGUGUCCGCAAAGUGUCUGAAUGCAAGUCCGAGAGCUUCGCCACAUCACCUUCACACACCUAUCGCAUGCAGAUGCAGCGUUGUCAAUCAUCGCGCGCCUUUCCCCGUAACGCAUCGCGUACCUCGCACUCGUCUGCCGCUGGAGCACUUUCGCCUACACGUUCCUUUAGCCAGGCCUCCAGUCCGCCCAAGACAAUAAAUACGACGGAAAGCCAGAACGAUAUCACGAAAUUUCAUUUGCGUUUGGUCGAUAAGCUACGCAAGUCCUUUCGUAAGGACAGCGCCAAGCGUUCAUGAGAACGGGAAAGCGUUCUUCACAACAGCAACAGUAGCGGCAGCUAUCCUAAUGAAGAUGGCAGCACAACAAAAGCAGAAAACAAUAAUUUUAAACACAAUAGGGAAACGCAGCAGCGUUCGUUGGCCGACAGUCCGGAAGGUAGAGCAAGCAGACGACAUUCGGCCGCAGGCGAUGUUGACUGCGCGUCGGCGGAUACCGCCACAACCCACAAGGAAAGCGAUAUCGUUGCAGCAGAUGUCGCUGAAGAUGCAGAGGAUUGGCCUAAGUUCGAAGAUAACAGUAUCAAUGCAGCGCCCAGUUCACUGGCCGCUCACUUGGGGCGGCGCAUCACGGCGCCGUUAACGCGUGCAAAUCUCAAGCGUUGCCAUAAGAAAUUUGCUAAAAUGCAACUCUCCGCCGCUGAGCAGCACUCGAUCGUUGCUCAAAUAGACGCCACGUCGACAAUUGAGCUAUACUCCAGCUCGGAUGGAUCAAGCUUGUUUGGCGGCGGCGACAGACGUCAAUUGCUAACGGGCAAGAAGCUACAGCAGAAACGUACUAAAACUCCAACAACAACAGGCGCUACUGCGGACUCUGCAGAUAAACCAAAACAAGCGGAAGCGACUGGGCGCAGUCGAAAAACACGUAAACGACUGCAUUUCCUGCGUCGCUCAACCUCACGAUUCAGUUCGAAGAGCGCGCCAGGAUAAGACCGCAUGAAUGCACCAGAACAGGCUUUGCAUGCUUUCAGCUAUAUUUUGGGUUUCGUGUGGCAGCAAUGUUGGCUUUAGAUGUUUGGUACGCAUUGCUUUUAGUUGAGCGAAACAAGGCGGAGGAAAAGUGGAAGCGAAGGCUGUCACAGUAGCGACAUACUAUGGCUAUACAGUACUUGACGCGACCAACACAAAUGCAAGGACACAGCCGCAUUGGUAGUUGGAAAAGAAGCGGUGACUAGACAGACGAGGGAGCGCGCCAAGAAAUUGCGCCGUAAAUUGGCAAGCAGCCCAAAAAUUUUGUAAAUAGCUGAAUCUGGGCAAACGAAUGCAAUGGUGACAGCUAGUUGAAAAGAAAAAUGCGCUUCAACGGUGCUCAUUUGCGAAAUUUCACAGGCAACGGCGAUCGGUACACUGGCUAUUUUUGGCCUCAUACGACGUCUGGUAAGGGAAUAUCACACAAAAACAUUAUAUUAUAGAUACAGGGUAUAUUUUUGCAUUCAACAAAUAAAAUAGUUAUAUUUUAUGAAAAACAUUUUUAUAAACUAUUCGAACUUUGAAAGUAUACUAAUUUAAUCAACAGAUUUUUAUAUUAAAACUAAUACAGUGUGAUAUGAAACCAUAUGAGAUACUGGUUGUGUUAGUAACAGCGAAUAAAUUUAUUUCACUUAAAUAAUUAUUCAUUAAAUUUACAACAAAAAGUACUAUUUAGUGGGAAGCCGGUAGCAAAAGGGGUGAGAAGAGGUAAUAAAAAAUAAGUUUCAAACGGUUUUCAGGGAAAUAUGCUUCCAAAUUUUAUAGAAAAAACGAAAACUAUAAAACUUUGAAACUGCCAUUUCCGAAUUGCGCUGUUAAGAAA